GUUAAUUUGGCUAUCGUCGAAUUUCAUGACCAUAUUCUUCUAGCUUUUUCCGCAGGGGAUGUUAUUAAGCAGUUUGCUUAAAAGACGUGUCCAAAAAACUGAGGAGUGGAGCAGUUAUUUUUCAAAGAGACCACAACUGUCUCCUUCUUCCUCCUUUCAAAUUUAGAUUUUAGUCCCACUAAUUUGUCACAGUCUGCAUUUUUUAAACCACUCUCAUCUAAAUUGUGGUGGUUCAGUUACUUUCUCUACCAUGAUCUUCCUUCACUUCUUUUCUCAUUACCACUACUCUUUAUAUCCAUAACCAGGUGCUUUUUCAUCAGGUUUAAUAACUCGUACCUUUUAUUUUUUCUCCCUUUGGCUUGCAAAACCUGCUUCUACUCUAAAGCUUAUAUCUUUACCUCCAAUGAAUUCAUAAGAAGGCGAUCAAACGAGCCCGGUACCGGCUCAGGCUACUCAAGAACAAGAGGCAGGCAAUAGCAAGGCAACUGAGAAAGGACUUGGCUGAGCUAAUACAAAGUGGCCAUGAAGAAACUGCAUUUAACCGGGUGGAACAGCUUAUGGGAGAUGAAAGCUUAGCAGCUGCGUAUGAAUUGUUAGAUCACUUUUGCGAAUUUAUCCUUACGGAACUCUCCUACAUCCGGAGGCACAAGGACUGUCCAAAUGAUAUUAAUGAAGCAGUUUCUAGUCUUAUAUUUGCUUCUGCAAGAUGUGGGGAUCUUCCUGAGCUCGGUGUCAUCAGAAAGCUCUUUGGACAGCGUUAUGGUGAGAGGUUUGCAACUACAGCUGUGGAGCUAUCACCAGGGAAUCUAGUAAACAAAAAAUUGAAAGAGAACCUGUCAGCGAAGUCUGUGCCGGAUGAUAUGAAGUACAGAAUGGUGGAUGAAAUAGCCAGGGAUAACUGCCUCCAACAACAGGUUUUAGCCAUACAAUACUACCCUGAUUGGCAACAAGUGCAGGAGAAAGAAAAUAAAGGGUAUCAGCUAGUGGAAAGUGAUGCCAAAAUAAUUGACACAAUUGGAGGAUCUAAAGUCCAACCUUCAGAGAUAAAAAGAGAUGUCAGAUGUGUUACCAUUUCCAAACCAAGUGAUUCUUGUUCUCUGCCAGAAUCUAGCUUAGCUGAUACUUCUGCAAUGGUGUCUGCUGUUCAGCAAUAUCCCCCAUAUUUCCUGAGAUAUCCUUUGGAGAAGAAAGUAGUAGAGAUAGACUUUCCUGAUCUACUUUCUUCUAUAAAUUUUGAUUUGCAAAACAAGGGGGAAAGAAUGGCCUUAAUAUCUUCUGCACAAAGAGUGAGUUUCCCUCCCUGUUCUGAAGAAAUGGUAGAUUAUGUGGAUGACAUUAAGGAAUUUUCUGUACCAAAUAAUGCUGCCUGCCAGGACCAAAUGCUAUUUAAGUUCAGAUCUUCUGGUCUGUCAAGGAGAGAAAAAACUCAAUUUGGUUUUGAUGAUAGUGAAAUGGGUCAAGAUGGAUCAGAGAGUGAGAACUCAAGCACAAGGACCUCUACAAAGAGCAAAAGGAGACCAGAGAAAAAAUCAAGAAGGAGAUCAUCCUCCAUGGAAAACCUUGGCCUUAUGGAUAUUGGAUACGUGAUAUAUUAUCACAAGCCAUGCAAAAGUCCGUUAGCUCAUAAGCAUCGUAGCAGAAAGCACCAUAAGCCUUCACUAGAAGGAAUUUCCCCAUCAAGUUAUGGCCAGAAGAGACUGAUGCUACAUGGUUUCUCAGAAGAGGGAAAUGUUUUACAGUCAAGUCACAGCCAAGAUGGCACAAGGAGAAAACUUUUCAACUUUAAAAUGAGUGGGUGCAGCUUGGACCAGCCUUGUUAUUUUUGCGUAUAUGAUGAUGAAGACUAUUUGGAGGCUCAAUCAAUGGAGCAAAAGAGAGGGAUCAGAGCCACACAUGUUCAACAAGGAGUUUUGCAUGAUGAAUGUUGUUGUUGCCAACCCUUUUGGGAUGAUGAGUUGAACCAAGGAAUUGAAUUGGUUACCAUUCCUCAGAGACCAAAUAGGAGGAAUUAUAGUGCUUCAGCUGAGUAUCAUGUAUUCAACUACACAGAUUGCCAAGCUGGUAAUGGAAACAAUGAAACAAAAGAAGAAAUCUCUGCUUCUCCCAAAGUUUCCAAUCCAAGGACUGGUGGUUCCUCACCAAUAAUAGAAACAGAAGCUACCUAUUCAAGGGCCAUGACCAUGCCCCAAGAGAGGCACAGAAACAACAAAGAUAAGAUGUUACGGACAUAUUCUUGUCCUUCUCCCCAGCCUAGUCAUGUUCAUCCUAAGUUGCCAGACUAUGAUGACAUAGCUGCCAAGUUCACUGCUCUCAAGAGAGAGCGCAUGGAAAACAUGGACUGCAGUAAGGACCAAAACAAAUAGAGGAGUCAUAUAUACAGCAUUGUAUAGUACUGGCCUAUUAAAUUUUGAAUCACUCAUUCAAAUAUUAUUUAUGAGAUUGUUUUUAGAUAUCACUAUAUAUUCUUUGGCAUUCAUCCAUGUAAGAUUACAAUUUAAAUUUUACUAUCUGUAAGAAAUAUGAGAAGGUUGCCAAUCAAUAGAACCAAUUGACGAUUAGUUUGAGAUUUUCA